GUACGGUAGCACAUAUUCAGAAGAAUAUAACCGACGAAAGCGAUCGCGUUAGGGUUUAUUGAAGACUUACUAGUUCAUGCUCCAAAGGCUUAGGGUUUUUAUAUGCUGCAAGUUUAUGGCUUUUCAUCUGAUUCACUUCUUGAACUAGGUGGAGAACAAGUUAUUUGAAGGUCAAUAAGGUGAGGAAGAAUUUACCCUUUAAGAAUUUCCACGGUCAUGGAGGCAACAAAUAUAAAGCGGCUAAAGAUUUCGAAGAAGAAGAAGGCCAAAAAACUCGAGGAGAAACAUGAUUAUCUUACCGAAUUGCCAGAACCUUUACUUAACCACAUUCUGUCAUACUUAACAAUGAAAGAUGUGAUCAGGACAAGUGUUCUAGCAAAGAGGUGGAGAUAUAUAUGGUUAUAUGUCCCUUGUAUAAAAUUUCCACCUAUGAAAGUGUCAAGACAGAUAGAAGUAGCUUUCAUCAAUCGAACUUUGCUUCUUCACAAGGGUCCCAACAUUCAGAAGUUGAACAUCACUUUCAAAUACAACAAUGAUGGCGCUUGCCAAGUCGAUUCGUGGAUGCACUUUGCAUUGACACGCAAUGUAAAUGAACUUUAUCUUGAUUUCCUCGUCAAAGGCGCGCGAGACCCAUCUCGUCACUGCUACAGGUUGCCUCACUUUAUAUUGAGCUGUAGAUCGCUGACUGUCUUGGCACUGAAAAGAUGCGCCAUAAAGUUUCCGAUCAACUUUAAACUCAGUUCCCUAAAAAAGCUUUCACUUGAUCUGGUCGACAUUUCUAGUCAGGCUGUUAAUGAUUUGAUAUCUUCUAGUCCAAUCCUUGAAUAUUUAUCUCUGACAGAUUGCCAAAAGGAUGACAGCCUCAAUCUUUCUAUCAUGAAUGUUGGUAUGAAGACCUUGAAGAUAAAUGGUAGUUCUUACUAUUCAAGUUCUUAUUUAGAGGUUUAUGCUCCACAUACAGUUUCCUUGGAACUUGUUAGAAGCCUGUAUAGGAAAAACCUUGUCAUCAACAGAAUGCAAUCUCUUGAAAGUGCAAGCUUUUAUUGCGAUCGAGUGCCAUGUGUGCGAUAUGAUAAGGUCAAGGGAUAUAGUACUCAUAAGAUUCUUGAAGCUGUUCAUCAUGUUAAAGAUCUUAGAUUGUGUAGCUGCUAUGCUGAGGCACUUUCCACUUCAGAGAAUCAAAGUGUAGAUUUUCUAUCCUUUGAUGUCACAUGUCUAGGGAUAAAGACAGAGUUGACAAAGUGGGAGCUACCGGGAAUCGCCUACAUAAUAAGGCAUUCACCAAAUAUUGAGACUCUGAUCAUUAGUAUUGACAAGAUUAGGGAUAAAGGGGUGAGCUGUUCAAUACAAAUGUGUGCAGAACUGAGUAACGAUUUAGAAGUUGGAGAAUACUGGAAACUGCAGGAGCCAAAUUUUAUAGAUCAGUUGUGGAAUCUAAAGACUGUUAAAGUAUGCUACUUCAUGGAGAAUCUAAACCAACUUCAAGAAAGUUUUGAGAGUACAGCCAAGGAACUCCUUGAGCUGCUACAAAAUUGUAUGGAUUUUCUGAAAUUCUUGCUCAAAAACUCAAAGGUGUUGGAGAGAAUGAUCAUUACAAACUAUAAGAAGACUAAGUUUGGCAAGUGGGAUGGUCUGAAGUUAAGGCUGAUGUCUCGUCUUACUCAGGAAUUACUAGCAUUCCCCAGAGCCUCUCGGGAUGCUCAAAUAUAUUUGCAGGACUGCCUUCGGUCUCCUCCUGGAAUUCCAUAACAUGAACUUUCUUUUUGUAUACAAGGAAGGGAAUCAAGGUUUGGAUACUUUUGCUAAACUUACUGCAUCGUCCCUGCACAAUGAAUGUAUCCAAUUUGAAGCCCUUUUAUGUUUUUGCUCUCUUUUUUGGAUGGGGGUUUAUAUCAGUAUGACUUGUUUAUAUUAGGUUUUGCAGUUGCUAUAGCAUAACUAUGUUUGGGAAAAAUACGCAUCAUGAAAGGAACAAAUUAAUGUUGAAAUAUGCAUGUGGUUGGAUGAUACUUUUGUUAUGCUAAAAUAAAGUUGUUUUUUGACUUUGGAUCCAAGACGGUCAGUUUCGUUGUGAA